AUGAAAGCAAAUGGUUCGUUUGAUGAUAGUUGGUUGAUUAUUGCCAUUGUACAACAAAGUCCCGAUCAAUUGUUACCGACAGUCUACCAGUGGUCUGCACUGUUUCUACUGUUUUUCUCAAUUAUCGGUAUUCUUGGAAAUCUACUUGUGUGCUUAGCUAUCGGAACCGAACGACGAUUACACAAUCCGACAAAUUGGUAUAUCUUUUCCCUAGCUCUUGCUGAUAUGUUGAUUUCAGGUUUUGUAAUUCCCUUGGCUACUGUUAAGGAAUUUACCGGAUAUUGGAAACUAGGACGCGUAGUAUGUGACCUAUGGAUAUUUCUCGAUGUUUGUUCCUGUACAUCUUCCAUUAUGCAUAUUGUUGUCAUAUCAAUCGAUCGAUAUCUAGCUAUUGAAGAUCCACUCAAAGUUCGUUCACGUCAAAAGAAAUACCAAAUUUGUUUCUUUAUAACGGUUAUCUGGUUGAUGGCUAUCUUUCUCUCGUCGCCAAUGAUUGUGCUCGGUGCUUUGAAUCCGUAUAAUACCAUUGUCAAUGGUCAGUGCUUGAUAAAUAAUCGAAUCUUUGUUAUCUACGGUAGUGUUGUUUCGUUUGUUAUUCCAUUGAUCAUUGUUAUUAUGAUGUACGCCUUGACUGUACGUCGGUUAAAGAAACAAAUUAAACAAUGUCAAACGCAUUUUGCUCAAGAGCAGAUUGCUAAUACAAUUAAUCUUGUUAGUAAACCAUUUCUACAACAAAAAGCGACUAGUCAAACGUUCCUGAACGCCUCAUCUCAAUCGCUAAUGAUUCCAGCAAUUGAAAUGAAACGCAGGCGUCUACAAACACAAGAAACGAGUUUCGAUAUAAGCGAUGAUGGUUCAAACAAUAUCUCCAUCGAUCAAAAUCGAUCUGCAUUUGGAAAACGAAACAAAACGGUUCACUCGUUCGUCGAUAACGACUACACAUGUCCGAAGAAUCCAUUCUGUGAAUUGAAAUGUUCAUGUCAUCAGCCGAAAGCAAUCCUACGCGCGAAUCCAUCGCGAAAACCUCGACCAACUUCAUUGCCUGUACCGAUCCUUCCGCAUCAAUCAUCUCUCUCAUCACUUCAAUCGGUAAAACGACCACACAAUCGAUUUCUAUUCAUUUCGAGUCUCGCUACAAACCGCACGAGGUCGUCGGCCGUUCGGAAUGAACAGAAAGCUGUGAAAGUUCUCGGUGUUGUGUUUGUCAUCUUUGUCAUAGCUUGGUUUCCAUUUUGUAUAUUAAAUAUCCUACGUGCGGUUUGCAAACGUUGUUCUAUCAACGAACAUCUACUGAAUGGUUUCGUUUGGCUUGGCUACGUUUCAGCAGCUAUUAAUCCAAUUGUUUAUACGAUGUUCAAUCGGCAUUUUCGCUCGAAAUUUCUCGCACUACUAAAAUGUCAAUGUUUAUUAUCAAAGCGUCGACGAGAACAACUUGCUCAGUCGCAGAGACACUCAUCCAUUCAAACAUCGAGAAUUUAUCGACCAAAUGAUUUCUUACAGGCCGAUAUGCGACGCUUUCAUGCUUAG